AUGUUGCUUCGACCGAUUCGACGUUUACUUGGUCGGCCUCUCGCCGUCUCGUAUUUUCAUACCUCUCCGAACUACUGGGCGGCGAAGAAGGUACUCCAGAAAUUCAAGCUUGCAGAUAUCGGCGAGGGUAUCACAGAAUGCGAAGUUAUCAGUUGGAGUAUCAAGCCCCAAGCCACAGUGAAGUCGUUCGAUCCUCUAUGCGAAGUCCAGAGCGACAAAGCGAGCGUAGAAAUCACAAGUCCAUUUGAUGGGGUGGUGCACGAAAUCUUAGUUCAAGAGGGGGAGAUAGCCAAGGUCGGCUCUGCAUUAUGCACCAUUGAGGUCGAUGAGGAAGUCCUUGCAAGCGAUGAGGCUACUACGCUGGAACCUGCCAUCUCGCCUCCGCAGGCACCUUCGGAACCUCGACCUACAGAGGCGGUCAAGCCUGUGGUCCCAGAGCCAGAACCCCGGCGCCGUCACCCAAUGGACCCAGACUAUACGCCUGAAAAGCGUGCUUCUGAUGUCGACGUCCUUGCUACCCCAUCCGUUCGCCAUUUCGCUCGCCAGAAAGGCGUCGAUCUCCUUCACCUGGCACCCGGGAGCGGCAAGCGCGGUAGAAUAGAAAAAUCCGAUAUAGAGGCAUUCCUUUCUGGAGCUUCUCAACGCGCUCCUGCCACAACGACAGGCUCUGGAGACGUUGUAGUAGAGUUGGGGCGCACGCGAUAUGGCAUGUGGAAGGCUAUGGUCAAGAGUCUCGAGAUACCACACUUUGGGUACUCUACUACGCUGGACUUGACCGCGCUGCACAACGCGCUCCCAACGCUUAAUUCGUACAUCCCACCCCAUUUCCUACCUCCCCCGUCGAGCCCGCCCCCACCACAGUCAAUCUCACCUUCCUCAAUAUACCCUGCACCCGUUCAUCCCCAGGCGCCAUCAUCCGGGCAGUAUACACGUCUAACUUAUCUUCCUAUCCUCCUCAAAACACUUUCUAAUGCCAUGACGGAGUGGCCAAUAUUCCGGUCGUCGAUCACGCCCAACACCCCCGAAGGCUCCAAGCCAACACUGACGAUUCGUCCGAACGCAGACAUCAGUGUCGCGCUUUCAACCCCAACAGGGUUGUACACCCCCACUCUCCAGCGAGCUGAUACACACUCGAUAUACUCGCUUGCUUCACAACUCAAACACCUUUCGUCCCUCGGGCGGCAAAUUCCUUGUGGCUUGACGCCAGCAGAGAUGCCCAAGCGCGGAGGAACCAUUACAGUGUCCAAUGUCGGCGCAAUCGGCGCGGGGGAUUUCGCCUCUCCUGUAUUGGUUCCUGGUGGCGGAGUUGCAAUCGUUGCUAUUGGUCGUGCUAAGUGGGUUUGGGACGUUGACCGGGGGGAUGGCAAGGGAGAACGAAGGUUGAAAGUCGGUAUUAGUUGGAGCGCAGACCACAGAGUCGUCGAGGGCGCUGAGCUGGCCGCAUUCGUCGAAUGUUGGCGGUCAUACGUGGAGUCACCUGAACGAAUGAUCGCGGGGAGUGUAUGA